AUGAAUGGUACUAUCGAAAAUUCAGCGACAAUACCAACAUCGUCUCAUAACAUUUACUCGAUAGAGACGGCGAAACGGGAAUUUCUAAACUUUCCGAAACCCACUCUAGACACAGAAGAUGAUAAUUCGCCGUUCUUGAAGCAAUGUUGGGACAACUUUAAAAGAUUUUUGGGAUUCGUUGGUCCUGGAUACUUGAUCGCCGUCGGUUAUUUUGAUCCGGGUAAUUGGGCUACAGAUCUCCAAGGUGGUUCCCAGUUUGGAUAUUCACUCCUCUUUGUUGUCCUAAUCUCCAAUUUCAUGGCAAUGUUAUUACAAAGUUUGGCGAUAAAGUUGGGUAUUGUAACUGGCAUGGACCUUGCUCAAGCAUGUCGUUAUGCUUUCCCUCGAUGGGGUAAUUACAUAUUAUACGUUUUAUGUGAACUCGCUAUUAUCGCGUGUGACCUUGCUGAAGUCAUUGGGAGUGCAAUCGCGCUUAAUCUUCUCUUUAAGAUACCUCUUCCAUGGGGUGUGACAAUAACGGCAUGCGAUGUGAUGAUCGUUCUUUUAAUCUAUAAAGACAACAGUAUGAAGGCAGCACGAAUACUAGAAGGACUAGUGAUGUUCCUGGUUGCCGCUGUAGGAAUUUGUUUCGUUUCUGAGUUGAUCUACUCCAAACCUGACUCGACUAUGGUAUUAAAAGGUUAUUUACCGAGUUCGGGAAUAUUCACAGAUAGUGAGCAAUUGUACAUCGCAAUUGGCAUUAUUGGUGCCACCGUGAUGCCGCAUAAUUUAUACCUACACUCGCAUCUGGUUAAGGUGCGAAAGUAUCGUGAUCAGGCGAAAUUGACCGAAGAGUGGCAUGAGGCACUCGAAGCUGGCAACGUCAAAAGAUCAUCUUCCAAAAGAUUAUUGCAGGAAUGCGUUCGACGAGUAAUGAAACUUUCGAUAUGUGACUCGACAAUCGCUUUAGCCUUUGCCCUUUUUGUUAAUUCGUCUAUUCUGAUAGUUGCUGCUGCCAAUUUUUAUUAUACUUCGAAUGACGUGGAAGUCGCUGAUCUUUUUGACGCAUAUGAUCUUCUCUGUAAAUAUCUCGGACAAGUAGCCGGAUUUCUUUUUGGAUUGGCGUUGCUUAUCGCUGGACAAAGUUCGACACUCACUGGUACUAUGGCUGGACAAGUAGUAAUGGAGGGAUUUCUCGGAUUAAAAUUACGUCCAUGGUUAAGAAGACUAGUAACACGUGGUCUGGCAAUUAUCCCAGCCUUAACUAUUGCGAUAAUCAAAGGUGGUAGUGGCCUUAAUUCGAUGUUAGUAGCCAGUCAGGUUGCUCUCAGUCUACAAUUGCCUUUCGCGGUGAUUCCAUUAGUAUACUUUACUAGCAGUAAGAAAAUUAUGAAAAUAGAUUCACAAACUUUUUAUCAAAAAAAUGAUAAUGUAACUGAAACAGAAAAAUCUUCAUCACCCGAUAAUGAAAAAAACAACCCAUCAUCACUCGAUAAUGACAAAAACAACCCAUCGUCACUCGAUAAUGACAACAGUAAUCCAAUUAUUACACCCUCGACAAAUAUUGAAACGGCAUCUUCCAUCCUUUCUGAACAAUCGCAAUUUAUUGACUUUUCGAAUCCUUUAUGGCUUAUCAUUACUGCUAGUGUAGUCAGUUUUAUUAUUGUGGGGUUGGACUUGUACUUGGUUUUCAGUACUGUUAGAGAUAUUAUCAGAGGCGAUUAG